AUGUUGAACGCUGAGGGUGUGAACAAUGGUAUGUUGAACGCUGAGGGUGUGAACAAUGGUAUGUUGAACACUCAGGGUGUGAACAAUGGUAUGUUGAACACUCAGGGUGUGAACAAUGGUAUGUUGAACACUCAGGGUGUGAACAAUGGUAUGUUGAACGCUCAGGGUGUGAACUACGGUAUGUUGAACGCUGAGGGUGUGAACAAUGGUAUGUUGAACGCUCAGGGUGUGAACAAUGGUAUGUUGAACACUCAGGGUGUGAACUACGGUAUGUUGAACGCUGAGGGUGUGAACAAUGGUAUGUUGAACGCUCAGGGUGUGAACAAUGGUAUGUUGAACACUCAGGGUGUGAACAAUGGUAUGUUGAACACUCAGGGUGUGAACAAUAGUAUGUUGAACACUCAGGGUGUGAACAAUGGUAUGUUGAACACUCAGGGUGUGAACAAUAGUAUGUUGAACACUCACGGUGUGAACAAUGGUAUGUUGAACGCUGAGGGUGUGAACAAUGGUAUGUUGAACGCUGAGGGUGUGAACAAUGGUAUGUUGAACGCUGAGGGUGUGAACAAUGGUAUGUUGAACGCUGAGGGUGUGAACAAUGGUAUGUUGAACGCUGAGGGUGUGAACAAUGGUAUGUUGAACACUCAGGGUGUGAACAAUGGUAUGUUGAACACUCAGGGUGUGAACAAUGGUAUGUUGAACACUCAGGGUGUGAACAAUGGUAUGUUGAACGCUCAGGGUGUGAACUACGGUAUGUUGAACGCUGAGGGUGUGAACAAUGGUAUGUUGAACGCUCAGGGUGUGAACAAUGGUAUGUUGAACACUCAGGGUGUGAACUACGGUAUGUUGAACGCUGAGGGUGUGAACAAUGGUAUGUUGAACGCUCAGGGUGUGAACAAUGGUAUGUUGAACGCUCAGGGUGUGAACAAUGGUAUGUUGAACGCUCAGGGUGUGAACAAUGGUAUGUUGAACGCUCAGGGUGUGAACAAUGGUAUGUUGAACGCUCAGGGUGUGAACAAUGGUAUGUUGAACACUCAGGGUGUGACUACGGUAUGUUGA